GUGGGUAAAACCUCACUUGCUGUACGAUAUAUCUCAAAGACAUUUUCACCUAACUCAACUUCCACUAUUGGUGCUUCUUUUAUGGCAAAAAAGCUCACAGUUGAUAAUUGUAAAGUAAGCUUACAGAUUUGGGAUACAGCCGGUCAAGUAGAAAGAUUCCGUGCAAUGGCGCCAAUGUACUAUAGAGGGGCGCAAGCAGCUCUGUUAGUAUACGAUAUCACAUCAAGAGAAAGCUUUGAAGAACUUCAUUCUUGGAUUGAAGAGCUUAAACGAAAUAUGACUGAAGACUUGGUUAUAGUUGUUGUGGCCAAUAAAUUAGAUUUAGCUUUAUAUCAACGUGAAGUGUCAUGUGAAGAGGCUCAGAAAUAUAUCACACGAGUAUUAGGGCCAGAUACACUGUUGUAUGAAGUAUCUGCAAAAGAAGAUAAUGGUAAUAAUAAUAAUAAUAACUACAAAGAUAUGGUCAUCAUAACAAAAUAA